AUGACUAUUGUGGACCAGGACAUUGCUACUCAGGGAAAUGUGCUCCCAGCAACGGAACUACCGUCACCCAGGAUGGGACGUGUGGUAUGUGAAUCUAAAUUAACAACCAAAACCCCUUUCAUCCCGCAAGUUGUACUAAUUGCCUCGCAGGUCCUCAAUAUCAUGAUUGGAUCUGUGGUGACUCAGCUUUUGGAAAAUGCUGCUCUGUCUAUGGAUAUUGCGGGAGUACGCCGGACUUCUGCGCAGCAGGGAAUUGUCAUUCGGGUGCCUGUGAUACAGACAUUGGCGAAGCGAGUAUUGACGGUUCGUGCGGACCAAGCUUUGCAGGAAACAAAACAUGUGCCGGCACUCAAUUUGGCGCAUGUUGCAACAUGGAGGGAUAUUGUGGAGAUGGAACCGACUACUGCUCACCCGGGAGAUGCUAUUCUGGAGCGUGCCAAGGGCCCUAGGAUACAUUCAAUCGCUUUAUAUGUUACGGUCCUCUAUCUAGAUUUGUGGAUAUAA